CAGGAGAAGCUGGAGCAGGAGAUCACUGAGCUGAAGAGGAAAGACGUUAAGCUGCAGCAGCUGUCACACACAGAGGAUGACUGUGAGUUUUUACAUUAUUACCCCUCAUUCACAUGUUUCAGUGAGUCUACAGAGUUACCCAGCACUAAAAUCCGUCCACUGCAGUAUUUUAAAGAUGUGACAGCAGCUGUGUCAGAGCUCAGAGAUAAACUACAGGACAUCCUGAGGGAGAAAUGGACAAACAUCUCACUGACAGGGACUGAAGUGGACGUUUUAACCUCAAGUCCACAACCGGAGCCCAAGACCAGAGCUGAAUUCUUACAAUAUUCACGCCAAAUCACCCUGGAUCCAAACACCGUAAACACACAGCUAUCUUUAUCUGAAGGGAACAGAAGGGCGACACUGAUGAGAGAGGAGCUAUCUUAUCCGAGCCACCCGGACAGAUUCAUUAGAUGGCGUCAAGUCCUGAGUAGAGAGAGUCUGACUGGACGUUGUUACUGGGAGGUGGACUGGAGGAGGAAACGAGUCACGGUCGCAAUCGCAUACAAGAGCAUCAGCCGAGCGGGGCCCAUGACUGAGUGCGCGUUUGGAUUCAAUGACAAGUCUUGGGCGUUCGAGUGUAACUGCAGCACUAGUUAUAAAUACAUACAUAACAGCAUCAAAACUUCAGUCUCAGGUCCUUGGUCCUCAAGACUUGGAGUGUAUCUGGAUCACAGAGCAGGUAUUCUGUCCUUCUACAGCGUCUCUGAAACCAUGACUCUCCUCCACAGAGUCCAGACCACAUUCACUCAGCCUCUCCAUGUCGGACUUUGGUUUAGUGGCUAUAAUGGAGCCACCGCUGAGUUCUGUGAGCUGAAGUAGAUAAGUGAUGUUAAAGAAGAAAGUGUGUGUUUUUUUUUCAGUUUUUCUUCUUUAUAUUGUUUAUUCAAAAGAAAAUGUUCUUAUGAAGGAGCUUCUAGACAGUUUCUAGCUUUCAUUAACUAGAUAUACAGUGCAGAGAAAGUAUUUGGGAACACUUUUAUGUGUUUUUCAGGUAUUUAAACACAUUCAAUUCAAACAAUGACUAAGGUUAAACCACCGACUGUAUCGUGGUUUCAUUUUCCUCUGUUUAAUCUUUGUUCUAUUCAUUACCAAUGAAUCUCCUGUCGCUGCACAUCGAUCACUUUUCACCUGUCAAUUAGCCGAUCAUGACCAGUAAUGGCAGAAUUAUAAUGAGAGCCUUUACUUAAGUAAAAGAACUAAAACAUUAAUGUAAACAUGGCUGCAACUAACGAAUAUUUUCAUUAAUUGUUUUGUCUAUGAAAACAGCCGUCAAAAUCUCCUAUAGUCCAAGGUGGUCUUGUUUUGUCUGAUCCAUAGUCCAAAAAUUAAUAAAAAUUUCACAUUUAAGAAGCUGCAACCAGUAAAUUUUU